AUGAAGGCUGCCGUCGCGUUGCUGCUGUUCUCCCUGGUGGCUACCAGCCUCGCUAGCUUCUACUACCCACCUAAGAUCGCGAAGGUCCUCGUCAUUCCUAAAUACGGCUAUGGAAACUAUGGUGGCUAUGGAGGCUAUGGAGGCUAUGGAGGCUACGGUGGUUACGGAGGAAUUGGCGGCCUCGGCGGCUUGGGCGGCUUGGGCGGCCUCGGCGGUUACGGCGGUUACGGUCUUGGCGGUGGCAUCGGAAUUGGAAGUGUUGGCAUCCUUGGCGGCGGUCUAGGUUUUGGCGGAGGCUUUGGAGGACUCGGUGGUGGUCAUGGAGGCUAUGGAGGCUAUGGAGGUUACGGAGGAAUUGGCGGCCUCGGCGGCUUCGGCGGCUUGGGCGGCUUGGGCGGCUUGGGCGGUUACGGCGGUUACGGUCUUGGCGGUGGUAUCGGAAUUGGAAGUGUUGGCAUCCUUGGCGGUGGUCUAGGUUUUGGCGGAGGCUUUGGAGGAUUCGGUGGUGGUCAUGGAGGCAAAUACUAA